UUUUUCCUCCUCGUUCUCUCGUCGCUCUAGCUGCUCCUUCCUUGAAGAAGCGAAGCGCCCGCAUCCAUCCCCUCCGUGGAAUGAUCAGGCCGGCCGGGGAAAAUGCGACUACGAGUCGUCGUCCUCUUCUUCACCUAUCCUGAUCAUUUCUUAAUAGGACUACCACGAACCUUCAAGUCUAUACGUGAACAAUGCUAGCCAGAAAACAAAGCGUCCGAGGAGAACCAAUCCUCGCAGACUAUGGACCUGAUGAAAGCCUUAAUGAAAAUGCUGAUAUCGAGUGGGUUAACAAGGUAUGGGUGCGACGAGUACUGCGUAUGUGUGCGCUUCUGUCCUUGGUUUCUGUCAGCCUCAACACCACACGAACGUUUGAGAAGCACCCGCCCCUUGUGUACGUCACCUUCUGCUGGGACAUCUUCGCCACUCUGCUCUUCACUGCAGAGAUGAUUGCCAAGAUGCACAUCCGGGGGCUCAUCACGGGAGAGUCACCCUACCUGAAAGACCGGUGGUGUCAAUUUGAUGCCACAAUGGUAUUUUUUCUUUGGAUAUCAGUUAUUCUUCAGGUUUUCGAAAUCACGGAAGUGGUUCCCAAGUUUUCCUACCUGUCCAUCCUGCGAGCUCCUCGACCUCUCAUUAUGAUCCGAUUUAUUCGAGUCUUCCUCAAGUUUUCAAUGCCAAAGUCCCGAAUCAACCAAAUUUUCAAGCGAUCAAGCCAGCAGAUAUACAAUGUGACGUUGUUCUUCCUGUUCUUCAUGUCUCUGUAUGGUCUGCUGGGAGUACAGUUUUUUGGCGAGAUGAGCAGCCACUGUGUUAGAAAUGGAACGAUUGCAGAGAGGGUCACGCUGAACGACCUUGCAGUGCCAGACGCCUACUGUUCAAUGGACAAAGAGUCCGGGUAUGAAUGUCCUCAGGGAAUGGUGUGUAUGGAUCUGAAUCUUCCAAAGAGCAUUUCUGGGUUCAAUGGCUUCGACGAUUUCGCCCAUAGUUUUUUUACGGUGUACCAAGCAGCCUCCCCCGAGGGAUGGGCCAUUCUCAUGUACCAGGCCAUGGAUAGUCUUCCAGCGUGGAGAGCCACUUUCUACUUCACCACCAUGAUAUUCUUUCUCGCAUGGUUGGUCAAAAAUGUGUUCAUUGCGGUCAUCACAGAAACAUUCAACGAGAUUCGAGUACAAUUUCAGCAAAUGUGGGGAGAAAGGGUACAAAUUCAAACUGAAUCAACACCUCAGGUGCUGAAAGGGGACGACUCUGGCUGGAAGCUGGUUACGGUAGACGAGAGCAAAGGCCGUGGUAAAGCUCCGCGAUGCCUUCAAGUGGCCAUCCACUCGGCUGCUUUUCAGGUCAUUGUCAUGAUGGUGAAUGUGGCGAAUGCCUUUGUGGCCGCAAGCAUCUCCUUCGUGCACGACGAGCGACCACGGGAGGAUUUUUUCAAGACGUACUACUUUGCCGAGAUUGGUUUUACAAUAUUCUUUGAUUUGGAGGUACUCCUGAAGAUUUGGUGCCUUGGUUUUAAUGGCUACAUUAAGCGUUCCCUGCACAAGCUCGAGUUCAUCCUCGCCAUUGGGACUACACUGCAUCUCAUCCCCGACUUCUUCACCUCUGAGUUGACAUAUUUUCAGGUUCUGAGGAUUGUCAGACUUAUCAAAGCAUCGCCAGUGCUUGAAGACUUUGUUUACAAGAUUUUCGGUCCAGGCAAGAAAUUGGGAAGCCUUAUAAUAUUCACCAUGUGUUUAUUGCUGAUCACAUCUAGCAUCAGUAUGCAGUUAUUCUGCUGCCUUUCAGACUUCAUGAAAUUUGAAUCAUUUCCAGAGGCAUUUAUGUCGAUGUUCCAAAUCCUCACCCAGGAAGGCUGGGUUGAGGUGAUGAACGAAACGAUGUUACGAACAAGCAAAACGAUUGGCCCACUCGUGGCCAUUUAUUUUAUCCUCUAUCACCUCUUCGUGUCUUUGAUUGUGCUCAGUCUCUUUGUAGCUGUCAUUCUUGACAACUUGGAAUUAGAUGAAGACAUAAAGAAGCUUAAACAACUGAGAGCAAGAGAACAAAGUGCGGGCAUCACUGAUGGCUUACCUAUACGGCUCCGCUUCUUUGAAAGGUUUGCCGAUAGUCCACAAAUGACACGACUCCAUAGAGCACCCUCGGAGUUUGGCGUGCCCAAGGUUCGGGAGAGCUUUAUGCGUCAGUUUGCGGAGGAGCUGCCCGAGGAGUGCUCGGAGCUGAAGAAGGCGGCCGCUGCCGAUCUACCCGAGAACCUCGUGACAUACCGCAAAAAGCCGCCCAUUCACCUGCUGUCCUCACCGAGCAAGGGCCGCAAUGCCGCCAGUCUACUCAAGAAAGUCAGCGUCACCAGCAUUGUUCUUGACUCCAACAACCAGCGACUACUAGAUGGGGAAUCUGGACCUGUUCCUGCGACUGUCAAGGGUCAAAAGCAGGCCCAGAAGCAACCCAUGAGAUUGGAUCGUAGGUUCUCCCGGUCGAGGAGCAUGCGGAGGUCCGUUCGUGGCUCCGUGAAGAUGAAGCAGACCUACGAUCACUUGAAGGAAAACGGAGACAUGGGUUCUGUCAACGCCGCUACGUCAGGCAGGAGCCUGCACGAUUUUGACAUCAAAAUGCUGCAGCAGAAGCGUCAGCAGGCUGAGAUGAAGAGGAAUCAACGAGAAGAGGACCUCCGCGAAAACCACCCCUACUUUGACACGCCUCUGUUUGUAGUGGGCAGGGAGAGCAAGUUCCGCAAGAUCUGCCAAACCAUCGUGUACGCCCGCUAUGACCCCCGGUUCAGGGACCCUGUCACCGGACAGGAACGCAAGAUUAAGUACAAGGCCGUGCACAACCUGCUUGGACUUGUCACAUACCUCGACUGGAUGAUGAUCUUCGUCACGACACUGUCAUGUGUGUCCAUGAUGAUGGAGACACCCACACAGCGAAUUAUGAACACACCAAUGCUCCAGAUUGCAGAAUACGUUUUUGUGGUAGCAAUGAGCAUAGAACUGACCCUGAAAACUCUUGCCGAUGGAUUAUUUUUCACACCAAAAGCCCUUAUCAAGGACAUAGGAGGCAUUGGAGAUGUUUUCAUUUUCAUUGUAAGCCUGGUCUUCCUGUGCUGGAUGCCCCAGCAAGUCCCGCCACAGUCGGGCACCCAGCUGUUGUUGUUGCUUCGCUGCGUGCGGCCGCUCAGGAUCUUCAGCCUUGUGCCUCACAUGCGCAAGGUGGUCUGUGAGCUGUGCCGAGGAUUUAAGGAAAUACUUCUGGUCUCCAUUCUGUUAAUUGUUCUCAUGUUUGUCUUUGCGUGUUAUGGUGUGCACCUGUUUGGUGGCCGAUUAGCACGCUGCAAUGAUCCGGAUAUCAAAACAAGGAAAGAGUGCGUUGGGUUUUUUAUGCGCAAGGUCUUUGUUACCAAAAUGAAGCUCCAGCCAGCAGAAAACGACACCUACCCUGUAAUCCUGGUGCCUCGUGUUUGGGCAAACCCUCGCAGGUUCAACUUUGACAGUAUUGGCAAUGCUAUGCUAGCACUCUUUGAGGUGCUCUCUUUCAAGGGAUGGCUAGACAUUCGUGAUGUUCUCCUACACAGGCUGGGGCCAGUUCAUGCCAUUUACAUUCACAUAUUUGUGUUUCUUGGCUGUAUGAUUGGGCUGACACUGUUUGUCGGCGUUGUGAUUGCAAACUACAGUGAAAACAAGGGAACGGCACUACUGACAGUUGAUCAGCGCCGCUGGUGUGACCUGAAGAAGCGACUCAAGAUUGCGCAGCCCCUGCACCUGCCACCUCGUCCCGACCACCACAAGCUGCGCGCCUUCAUCUACGACAUCACCCAGAACCUGCUCUUCAAGAGGGCCAUCGCCAUGCUUGUCAUGGCCAACAGCAGCCUACUAUGCGUCAGCUGGAAAUCGGAUGAACCUCAUACGAUCCCGCUUGCGACAGUUUCUGCCGGUUUCACAAUAUUAUUUACAGUUGAGGUUACUAUGAAGAACAUUGCUUUCACACCCAGGGGAUACUGGCAAAGCAGGAGAAAUCGAUAUGAUCUGUUCGUCACAUUUCUCGGCGUCAUCUGGGUGAUCAUGCAUUUUAUGAUGAUGAAUGACUUCAGCAAUUCAUUUGGAUUUGUUGUGGUUAUAUUACGUUUCUUCACUAUUACUGGUAAACAUGCCACCUUGAAGAUGUUAAUGCUGACUGUGGUGGUCUCCGUGUACAAAAGCUUUUUCAUCAUCAUGGGCAUGUUUCUUCUCAUCUUGUUUUAUGCUUUGACUGGAGUCAUUCUCUUCGGGAACGUCAAAUUUGGGGAACACAUCGGAAGGUUCAGGCAAGCAAACUUUAAAACCGCCCCCAACGGAAUGGCUAUGCUAUUCAGGAUAGUCACCGGAGAAGACUGGAACAAAAUCAUGCACGACUGCAUGGUCAGUCCUCCAUAUUGCACCCUUGCUGCCAACUACUGGGAAACCGAUUGCGGGAACUUCACUGGGAGUCUUAUCUUCUUCUGCUCUUUUUACGUUAUUAUUACUUACAUCGUGCUAAAUCUUUUAGUGGCUAUCAUUAUGGAGAACUUUUCCUUGUUCUACUCCAACGAAGAAGAUGCACUUCUAAGCUAUGCAGACAUUCGAAAUUUUCAGAACACAUGGAACAUGGUUGAUAUUCAGCAAAGGGGGUUGAUUCCAAUAAGGCGCGUGAAAUUCGUCUUAAGGCUUCUAAAAGGUCGUCUUGAAGUGGAUCCCGAAAAAGACAGGCUGCUUUUCAAACACAUGUGCUAUGAAAUGGAGCGCCUCCACAAUGGAGAGGAUGUGACGUUCCACGAUGUGCUCAACAUGUUGUCGUACCGGUCAGUGGAUAUCCGCAAGGCCCUGCAGCUGGAAGAGCUGCUGGCCCGGGAGGAACUGGAGUACCUCAUAGAAGAGGAAGUGGCCAAGCAGACCAUCCGCGAGUGGCUAGACAAGUGCCUACGAAGGAUCAAAGCGCAACGGUUUCAGCAGAAGGAGCAGAACAGCCUGAUCCACAGCCUGCGGGCCACCAACGAGGCCCUGUUUCCAGGGGGCAUAGGUGCAGAAGCAGCACCCAACAAGCCCUCCACCUCGGAAGCCCUCAAGGAUGAGGGAAAGGAGGAACCCUCAUCGUCCCUAAGGCUGCGCAAGAAGGGCCUUGGCGGUCGCUCAGACAGCAUCUCCUCACAGGGAGGCCGCAAGUUUCUUAUUCCUUCUCUCUCGGAAGGCACCACCAGAGUUGAAAAGGAGAGGUUCCAAAUGAAGAAAUGGGCCUCGCGCCCAGUUGGCACCAAGGGCCUGCCAGACGUGAGUGAGGGCAGCGAGCUGUCGUCGCCCACGCCUGACGAAGAGGAGAACAACAACGGGGCCGCGGGCUACCGGGCGCUCCGCAUGAGCUCCCUGGUUGGUGAAGUGCACGACUGGUGGGGCUCCCAGCUCGAGCUGUCGAGCGCCUCCGACUCAGAUGCAUGACGCUGCCCGCCAUCCCCUACCUACACCGCCUCUUGUGCCACCGCUGAGACGCGAUCGCGUGACAGCCCCCUCUCUUUCUCCCCCUGCCGCAUAGCUUCUCCCAACGGAGGGGGGCCGGGCAGUAGACACUGGCCUUGACAGACACUCGUAGAGUGUGCAAUGGUGCAGUCCCGAAGUUGGAUCUCGUAGGAUGUGCCUGCUACCAGCAUUUUGGCACCUCUGUUGGGGUUUAGUGAUUUUCUGAUGUCAUUUAUGGGGUGACGCAUAUAAUUUUUUUUUUUUCAGACACGCCAUCCCCACACUGCUUCUCAAGAGGAGCACACUCUUCCUCAUAUUCUGCAGUUGGGCUUUGCAUGCAUUCCUUCCUGUAAAAGCAAGGAAACCUAGUUUCCUCACGAUGCAGUCGGAGAUGCCUAGUAUUCAUUGUGUGGUUGCCUUUCCUCUAUGAGCAUCAGUGAUGUGACACAUUUUACACAAUGCGGGCACGCAUGCUUUUCCACACAUUGUGGCUGUUUACUGCAUGCACUGCAUGUACUCAAUGCAGCGAGGGAAGGUGACACAACUUUGAAGCUUACUAUCAUCCAGUACACCUCCUCACAGUUCUGAAAACAACACUUGUGUUGUUGGUCCUAAGAAUGUGCCUGUUUGCAUGAUAAAAUAUCUGCGUGUUGCGAAAGAUGAAAAGGCAAUCUAUAAAUAGCAUAAAAUAAUCAUGUUUUUCCAACAGUAUGUUUCUUUCCUACUUUCAUAUUAUUAGGCUCACAAUAUAUUGGUGCAUUACUGCAUUGAGGAAUGAACUUUAGAUGUUACACUCAUCACUUGUUUUUUCCCAUCAUACAUGUCACAUUAAGAUUCAGAUGUCAGCCAUGCCUGCUUAUUUAAAGCAGUUUCUUUUGUUGUUGUCUACAAACGAGGAUUUCAAGCAGAAACACUGAAAAUCACUGCAUCUGUAUGAUGUUCAUGUUUUUUUUUUUGAUGGGGUCAUUCUCUCAAGUACUGAAGCACUGAGAAAAUUCUGACGUGCCUGUACCCUUGCACAUUCUAUGAAGUGAGAAUCAUAAGGUUGCAUGAAGGGACACGAUUUCUUGCCUGACAAAAAAAAAAGACAUACUGAGAUGAAAGUUAAUGGUGAGCAUACUCAACAUGGCACUGAUUUGAAUUAAUUUGAGUAGUAAAUCGACGACACGCAAUCGUCACAGGAAAAGCACAAACAAAGCAUACUGCUACUGUUUGCUCACCGAGUUGGUGUAGACACAGCAGGCUUCAAUGCUGAGCGAAAAUGUCUAAGGCUGGUUCAGGAAGCUACUUUGCACUGGGCUGCAUAAGUGUUUGCAACACUAUUCGUUAGGCAUAGAAAGUGCCGGCACAAUGUAUUAUGCAAACCAUGCUCCACAACCAACAUCAACUGUGGGCCAUCAUGAGUGAUCUGAAAGACUCAACGGACUUGCACACUGACAGGCAUGAUCUGGUCUUCAUGCAACAAUUUCAUAAUUACUGCUUGCCCCUCUCCAACUCAGAGAAGCAACUCUUUUUUUACAUAUAAACACAAUCGAUGGCAAUACUACAGACGUGUUUCUUACUAUAAAUAAUGAAUGCUGACACACAAGGACACUUGGACAGUAAGCUUGUUCCCCACGUAAACCACAGCGCAUUAGCGACGACAUCGCCGAGAGGGGGCUGUUCGACGAUUGCGUCAGUGCGGUGGUUCCCGCUUUUAUAAAGACAUGAAACACCAACGAUAAUGCCUGCGUUGGGCGAGGAACGAAGCUUGUCCAUCCACAUACUUGGAACACAGUCUUGAAGUGUGUGUUCAUUCUUCUAAGGCUACCGUCGAAUGAAACUGCUCUUACAUACAGCUGGUUGCCCUGCAGCGGUCGGCACAGCAUAAACUACAAGUAAAUCAUGUCCUCAUUGUCACGUAAAUCUUCUGCGCAUUUGCAGUAAUGAGCAAACAUUGAACCAGUAGUAUUUUGGUUAGCUGCACCAGCUCUUUUCAAUCUUUCAAUCGUUUGGCCAAAACGGGACACGAAAAAGCUGUUUUAAGUGUUUGGUGCAUUUACAUGUGGUAUACCUACAUGCUGCUCUUGACGGUGCAGUAGUUCCUUAAAGCAUUUUUUAGUGACAUGAAAGCUAGAAACAUUGAUAGCCUUCAAUUAUUGUACCCCUCACUGGAAGCGCGCAUACAUGGAAAACAAUUAGGGCGGUCUUCCUGAAAGAUUCCAAAUAGUUUUAAGGAGCUUGCCUUUGCAGCAAACCUGUGUGCAAGUGAGGCUAGGUGGCUUUAUUACAUAGAUCAAUAUUAGGUGUGCUUGUAGUGACUGCUAACAAGUCACGGUUGGUUAAUACUGAAAGGCCGAGUAUCUUUCGGCAUUGAUUAUUUCCUACACCAAGCUUGCGCAAUGAGCGUGGACUUGAAGCUCCCACUUGCAAGCAUUUGUUCAGCACUAGAAAGAGGCACAUAGGCUCCUCCGUGUAGGUCGUUCGCUAAGCAACUGCUCUUGCAUUGUUAGAGAAUCUAGCACUUUAUACGGAAGCUGUCACGCGCUGUCACAUGAUAAGUCUUUCAAAUUUGACUUGUACUUAUCUGCUUUUUUCGUCCUCCGACACACAAAUGUAAUGCACGAGACUGUUUUGUUUACUGUUGAAGGCGGCGUUUGAGCACUUUGCACAAAAUUCAUGCAAAGGCAUGGUAACGACGUUCCACGUGCACUUUCAGGCUGCAGACGGUUUGACGACGAGUGUCUCGCGUCCGAAACUGCACGAAAGCGUUUUCUUUCUCAGAGCGCCCACUACAUUUCCCCACUGGGCCGUUUGGAGAACCGGUGAGGACCCAUCAUGUUUCUUGGCGUCAUGCACAUGUUCUCAACGUUGGUCCAUUUUUCCGUUGGUUGUUGACAUGUAGUGCGUACGUGGCAUGUGCUGUGGUAGUUUAGUGCAAUAUGUUGUUGUGUUCUUGUUUCUUCGGUUUGUCGGAUUUACUGCACUGUUGUUGACGCUUUGAAACCAUGUUUUCAAUAAUAUAAUGUCCACCACAGCGACUAUGUGUAGCACCACUCCGCAGCCAAUCAUGAGCAAGUGUUGAGCAAAUGUUUCGUUCGUCCAUAAAAAAAAAAAGCAUUCGCAAGCAAGCGAGCAAACUGUAAUCCAUCCAUUCACGUCUUAUGAGUUGCCCAAGAGUCAUUUUGUGCAUUUUUUUAUGUGUGUUUGGUAACAUGCACUGGUGGUGGCGUAUCUUUGGACAAAAAAAAAAAAAAACAGCUUAUGCUGCUCACUAUGCGAGUUUUCCAGUCUCUGCAAAGCCAGUUUCAGAGUUCAAUGUUCUAACACAGCCAGGUAGACAGGUCACAUCAACAGUAAUUAUGGUGUCAAGUGCUCUCUAUUGCACUAAGCUAUCUGUCCCUGCCAUUGUUCUUUUUGCUGAGGCAGGAAGGUUUCAACAUUUGCCCUUUAACAGUAUUUCUUUCUGAUGUGUAUUUGGAGAAAGCUUCUGAGAAGUCCAGUCAGCUUCUGUGUUACACAGCAGCAUGUUGUUAAGGACGAUACAUAUAGCGUUGGUACAUCUUUGAUUUCACAGCGUGCACUAACUGGCAAGACAAAAAUCUUAUAAAUCCAGCAACAAUGCUUAACCCGCAAUUCUACAUUUUAAAAUGAAAACAGAGUUUGUUAAAAGCCAGUGAUGCAUGUCAAGUACCAGCUCUUGCCAUUGGAUGUUAAUUACUGAUGAACAUUUGAUGCAUGUCAAGUACCAGCUCUUGACAUUUGACGUUAAUUACUGAUGAACAUUUGAUGCAUGUCAAGUACCAGCUCUUGCCGUUUGACAUUACUAAUUACUGAUGAAUAUUUGUCAUCUGUCAUCUCACACUGCUAAUCAGCAAACGUGAAAUGGUGCCUUGGCAAGUGCAUCAUACAGAACCUUGGAGCACUCAAGCAAUGAAAAAAAAAAAGAGUGACCGCAGCAUUGCAUCCUCUGCUACCUGUCGCAUUAGGUGUCGCAAGACUAAGCAGUGAUGUUUUAGCGCUAAUACUACACAGGUUUUAAGUAUAUUCUGGAAUCCAAGGCAUACUCUAACUCCCAGUACCCACAGUCUUCGAGAAAGAAGCAGUGUGUAAAGCUUACUGUUGCACAGCCAAGACUUGCUGCUUGAUGUAUAAACUUAGAUGGCGUGUUUUGCGACGCGAGGGACUGAAAAAGUUUGGGGUGCACGGCUGGCUUUUUAGCGCAACUUGUGGUGUGCCAAUGUCGUGUAGCAACGUGCUGCGCGUGACUCUUGUACUGCCUGACACAUCUUUACCUGUGUUGCAAGUUGGCCGCGAGACUUCGACGUGUGCUCCAAAGACGGCUUUCAACAUGCAUAAAUUUUCUGUUGGCCGUUCCUCUUGAGAACAAAAGGGCAUGAAACUUCGCCACUAAUAACUUGCUCGACGGAUUCAUUCGUUGUCAUGAUUACGUUUACCUUUUUCAGUUUAAAUUAUUCAAAAGCUUUCCUUCCAGUCCUGUUUGCCAGGCGGGUUACAGGCAGCUUGUCCAGUAAGUGCAAGUCAUCGAGGGGAAGUUGCCGCUCGUAAGUUCACAAUAUUUUGUGCCACAGAGCCAACGCGAGCACACGUCAAAGUUUCUCAGACAAUUUGCGAGUGAUGUUGUUGUUCUAGGAUAUGCAGCCUUGUUGUGUUGCUGGUUGUUCUGUGGAAGAGUGCAGCGUUAUCCCUUGGACCGUUUGGGUCCGAAGUUCCACUUCUUGGUCGGUAGUUCUUGUCAUGGUUUAGAGCUCUGGUUGCACAGUUUUACUGCGCUGCGCGAAUCUUCUGCCAUAGACUUAGCACGGGAAAAUUGAAUGUUUGGCCGGGAAUGUUUCUUGUUAAGCAGGGGACGCCCUGUGCACGCUUUGGAGAUUUUUCCGUUCCGAGCAUAGUCCAGUUUGUCGUCUUUGAUCUUCCAUGGGAUUCUUGCAGCGUACUUCAGUGGUAGUGAAGUGGCAGCCGAUAACCAAUUUUCAGGCUUGCAAGCCAGGCGUAGCGAACUUGCAGUAUCAUUACUCCAAGUCGUAGAGGUAGAGCAGCUACAUACAAGUGCCACAGUACUAAACAGCACUCAAACAUGGUUUUUUGGCUCUUUUUAGUACAGCUUGUAACACGUCCUGUAGAAAGUAUAAAUUGUUGUCCAUGAGAAGUGUAUUUACUUCAUAGAAUCAAUAAAGAUAUUUACCAUAAA